CGCUGGUGCGGCUCUAUCGAUUGCGCUCGCGGCGGGCGUGAAUUGACGCUAGUUGGCCAUGAGACCCCAUCGAAAACAAUCAAAAUAGAGUCGUCGUUCGGUGCGAUGUAGUUUUACUCGGAUCCAGUGACCGGGAUUUGAAAAAAAAUGACGUCCACCUCUGUGGACGGCGAUAAAUGUGAACAGUUGACACCACAGACGCCCGUUCUGAGUGUGGCCUGCAGGAUUUUGAGGUCUCCGAGUCACGAGAGUGUCACCACGGAUUUGUCGCUGUUUUCGGUGUCGUCCGUGGCCUCUGAUGCCCACGCAGGACGUAGAUUACUGAGUUUCAACAAAAGUGAUGGACAGUUCGUUAGAGGACACAGCCCGAAUCCCGAUAAUAGGAGCCAGAAUAGACCCGCUGAUAUACCUGAAAUAUUAUGGUUCGAAGAAGAGACUGAUCUGAUUCGUAGUUGUGCGGCCUUAUCAUCAGCUGUUGGUCUCCAAAAAAGCUUCAGUACGAGCGAUAUCAGCCAAUUACCUUCACCUGAAGAUGGACAUUGCGUGACUAGUCUGCGAAACGCUGUGUCAGAUCUAGCGUUGAACUCGCUGCAAAGAUCUGGAUUCCUUUUGGAGAAUGCGAGAUUGGACCAAACUUCAAGAUCCUGUUCGACCUGGGUAGCAGUAGGUGAUAUAGCGUCAACUUCGCAGUUGCCUUCGCCUCAUGGGGGGCAAUCGAGUAGUAAUACUCAGCAACCAGCUAGUACACCCCCUCCUCCCACAUUCACCGCAGCUGACUUGAUCAGAUCCGUUAACAAAAAAGUGCGCCAAAACUACAUACGAAGAAGACUUCUCACGACAUACAAAGCCUUAGAACGCCUCUCGCAGAGUGAAUUCAACCUUGACAGGUUGGAGGUCACACCAUCCACCGCUACGGCGAGCCUCGGUUCAGAACCAGCUCCGAACAGCGCGAACGUCGCUCCGUCCCGUUUGACUGUACCCGGCUCGAGUCCCACUCCGAGCAAAAGUCCCACGACCUCCAGUAGCACCAACGCCGCCAUGCUGAGGGUAGCCCAGCAGAGGGCAGGGAAAAAUCUUCCUCUGACCAUCAGGGAUGUAGAGAGGGAAAGAGGAAAACCACUGUCCAAAUACGAGAGAAAUAUGAUGAUUUUCAACUGGUUGCACACGCUGGAUGAUACCGCCUUCGUUGAGGGGAUACAGUAGGGAGGUUGAAUCGUUUUUUCUGAAUUUGUCACUCUUUGGUGGGAUAAGUUGGGUAUAUUUGCCAGUGGAGCCUUUAUUUUGCUUUAAUUUUCCCAUUUGGAUUUGUUCCCUAAAUGUCAUAUCUUCAUUUAUUUACAUUGAAAACAAAUUUCAUUAUAGGAAUUGAGAUUGGUGUCCGAUUUGGUUUGACAAACUAAUUCGCUUCAGAAGCCAAUCAGUUGAGCUCGCAGUUUUCUCUUUGGGUCAGUUUCUCAAUCAGCAGCUAAGUUCUAGCUAGAAGAUUAAGUCGCAAUAGAGUGGUUCAACGAGACAAGCAAUCAGCUGCUAUCGACUUAGCUGACAGCUGAGUUUCUUAGCAGUACGUUGGAAAACCGUCCCUAGACAAUUCAUAAUCAAAACUAUUUUCGGCUACCAAUAAAUAACUGCUCUUUAGGUUGUCAACUCAUAGUUCUCUCCUAUCAGAGGAGUCAGUUCAACUAUCCAGAGAUUCUUUCGAAAGCAGAAAAUUCUAAUGGAUAUUCUUUUAACAAAUCUGUUUUUUAAACUAUGAAGAGAUGAAAAGAAAAAUUAUUUAGGCAUUGGGAAACAUGCCUGAACAAUCAGUCCCAAUCAAUGAAUGUUAUCUGCCGGUUGUCAAAUAAAAUUGUCUCGGUAGUUAGCGGUUCCUUCAUGAACUUUUUCGCCCGUAUCAUUCCUGGGAGCUUGUUUCACCAAUUCAACGAUUUGGCUUACAUCCACUAAUUGAUAUUGUCUUUAUAUUCGUCUUCGCCAGCUCACAGACAGGUUCCGGACCUAUCAUGACUUUGGAUGCACCUUCGCGGGACUAAAGCAUCGGCCUUCUUAUUACCCUUGUAUCCUUCGUGUCAGGGUAUCCAGCUAGAGUGACCCUAUUGGUGAUGCCCCUUGGCGAUUUUUCUUGCAUCCACGAACUGACAGAUACCUUUAUACUUGUCUUCGUCAGCCCACAAAAAGGUUCUGGUCCUAUCAUGGCAUUUGAUGCAACUUCACGGGCCGAAGGCACCGGCCUUCUCAUUGCCCUUGUGUCUCUCUUUUUCAGGUCUCCAGGCUAGGGUGGCCCUAUUAGUAAUACUCUUUAGCAAUUUGACUUGCAUCCACAAAUUGAUAGACACUGUAAUAAUUGUCUUCGCUAGCCCACAGAAAGGUUCCGCACCUAUCAUGGCAUUGGAUGCAACUUCAGGGGCUAAAGCAUUGGCCUCCUCAUUGCCUUUGUGUUGGUAGAAGCCUUAAUUGCCGCCUGGCUGUCGGAGAGAAUGGCAAUAGAUUUGUUUUAAGCCUUCUUCCUUAGCAUUUCUCCUACGCAUUGUUCAGUGAUGGCUGCUUCUGCCUGAAGCAACAAAUAACUUCUGUUCGUUGCGUUCUUUCUGAGGCUGAGUGCGAUUUGCGACUUUGUUCUGCCUUUGUAUGAGCCGGCAUUUACUUCUUCUUGGGUUUUUGGCCUGUCAAACUGAGUUUGAUCUUCCUCUUGAAGAUGAUUACUUGGUGAUCACCUUCAUCUUCAAGAUCAAACUCAGUUUGAUCUUCCUCUUGAAAAUGAUCACUUGGUGAUCAAAAUACGUGUCGAAGUGUUAAAAUAACGGUUUGG